AUGUUCAUUCAUCCUACAUAUUUAUUAAUAUCAUUAUUAUCAUACUUAUCACUAGGUUUAGCUUGGUCCCCUACUGAUUCAUAUGCACCAGGUGAAAUAGAAUGUCCCCUGGAUGGUCAAUUAACUAGAAUUGCUGAUAGUUUAUCGAAUUCAGAAUUAGAAUGGUUACAAGGCCGUGAUAAAGUUACCAGAGAGAAUUUAAUUGCCUUUUUAAAACAAGCCAAUAUGACUGAUUUUGAUCCGGAAGAUUAUAUCACCAAUCAAAUCACAAAUGAAACCAUCAGAAUCGGUAUCUCAUUUUCAGGGGGUGGUUAUAGAGCCAUGUUAAGUGGUGCCGGUCAAUUAGCUGCUUUGGAUAAUAGAACUACAAACGCUUCCAUAGCUGGUUUAGGUGGUUUAUUACAAGCUUCUACUUAUUUAGUUGGUUUAUCGGGUGGUAAUUGGUUAGUUGGUACUAUUGCCAUGAAUAAUUUCACUGAUGUUGAAACUAUUUUAAAAGAAGGAGUUCUUUGGGAUUUAACGGAUUCUAUUAUUGAUUUCGGUGGUAUAAAUCUUAUUAAGACUUAUGAUUAUUAUGAUGGUAUUAAUGAUGAUUUAGAUGCUAAAGCAGAUGCCGGAUAUCAAUUAUCCAUCACAGAUCUUUGGGGAAGAGCUUUAAGUCAUCAAUUCUUUGCUGGUUUAAAUGAUACUGGUGCUGCAUUGACUUGGUCAACUUUACAAGAAGCUGAUGUAUUUCAAAAUUUCGAAAUGCCAUUCCCAAUCGUAGUAACUGAUGGUAGAACUCCUGAUAGUGUGAUUGUUAAUGGUAAUUCAACUAUUUUCGAAGUUAAUCCUUUUGAAUUAGGAACUUGGGAUCCAACUUUAUAUCAAUUCACUCAAGUUAAAUAUUUAGGAACAAAUACCACUAAUGGUACAUCAGUUAAUGGAACUUGUAUUGGUGGUUUUGAUAAUACAGGUUUCAUAAUGGGAACUUCUUCAUCAUUAUUUAAUCAAUUCAUCUUACAAAUUAAUACUACCUCCUUAUCAUCGACCAUUCAAUCGAUUGUAACUGAUAUUUUACAAAGAUUCAGUAAUCAUGAAGAUGACAUUGCUAUUUAUAAACCAAAUCCAUUUUUUGAAACUGAAAUUGGAACUCCAUCCAUUCUUGAUAAUCAAACUUUAUUCUUAUGUGAUGGUGGAGAAGAUUUACAAAAUAUUCCAUUCCAACCAUUACUUCAUACUGAUAGAGAAGUUGAUGUUAUUUUUGCCUUUGAUAAUUCAGCUGAUACCAAUUUAUCAUGGCCCGCUGGUAUUUCCAUCGUUGCAACUUAUGAAAGACAAUUCUUACCUAUUGGUAAUGGUACUUUAUUCCCUUAUGUUCCUGAUAGUGAAAGUUUAUUGAAUUUGAAUUUAACUGCUAAACCAACGUUUUUCGGUUGUGAUGCCACUAAUUUAACUGGUUUGUUAAAUUCAAGUGUUGCUACUUCAAAGGGAAAUAUUUAUGACACUCCUCUUGUGGUUUAUACUGCUAAUAGACCAUUUUCAUUCUGGUCUAAUGAAUCUACUUUCAAAUUAAGUUAUGAAGAUUGGGAAAGAGAUGGAAUGAUUCAAAAUGGGUUUGAAGUUGCUUCAAGAUUGAAUAAUUCAUUAGAUGCAGAAUGGCCUGCAUGUGUUGGAUGUGCCAUUAUCAGAAGAAGUCAAGAAAGAUUAGGUAUCGAACAAUCAGAACAAUGUCAACAAUGUUUUGAAAGAUAUUGUUGGAAUGGAGAUCUUAGUGAUUCAGUCACUCCACCAGUAAAUUUCACUGAAACUGGUUUAACUGAUGGACCUGAAGAAAAUGGUAAUAGGACCAUUAGUGCUGGAUUCUCAUUAUGGCAAGGAGAUUCGAAAUAUACCAUUAUGAAGACUAUUGGAUAUGGUAUUUUGGCUUGUGUGAUACUUUCCUUCGCCGUUUGA